AAAUCAAUAGUAAACAAUAUGUGCCAGAAAUUCACAGUGCUUACUUUAGCGUAUCUCGCAGUUUUUGUAGCGAUCACGAAGUGCGAAGAUGAUAUUAGUAAGCCGCAGAUUUUGGAGAUUUUGGGAAAAGACACGAGCGUCGGCCGUACGUUCGGUCACAAUGCACUCAAGCGGCUCUCAUUCAUUUUUCUACCGGUGAUGUUCACACUGGGAGUCAUCUCCACACUGCUCAUGGCUCUCGCAGUCAUUUCCGUAAAAAACCUCGCUAUUGGAGUUAUGUUACUUAUUGUUGCUGUCAGUCAGGCAGUAUCUCGAUUUUUCUUCGCGGCGGCGGCGCCUGCAGCACCUGUAUUUCUGCCCCGCGCAGAAGUUCUACCUGCUCCUAUACCUGCAGCCUGGCCCGUCCCUGCUCCUGCGCCAGUUCUUUCCCCAUGGGCCAGAUCCGACAACGAGCAUGUUAUAUCUGAUUAGAAACACGGCGCAAAUUCAACUACAGAAACAGUAAUAAUUUUAUGACGCGGUAUAAAGUUCAAAUGAACCCACCGAAGCAUAAGUUCAGAUAAAAAUCACAAGAUACAUUAUACAACAUUGGGAAACCACUUAAACGCAGUUCAAGUAAUAUUCAUUGUAUAAUGUCUAAAUCAAACGAUAAAUAACACUUCAAUACACGGGCCCUACAGUUCUUAGUAUGUAAAGUGUCGAAAAUUAGUCGUAUCAUUAAUGCGAUUAACUACCUCAGGAGCUUAGAUGAAAAGCUAGCCACAGAACGUGCAUUUAUAAAUUUAAGUGACAUAAUUGUAUCACAUACAUAAUUAAAUCCAUAGGAAAAACGAACAAUAAUAUUAACUUAGAUAAAAACUUCGUCGGUUUC